AGCCCUGCUGCUGUGAAGUGCCCUCGUCGGCGCAGGCUGGUGCGGCAGCGUAACGGGCCGCACCGCCCAUAUGCACAUGGCGCGGCGGCCUAGGGGCACCAGAUGGGGCGGGAGUCUGUGGCUCAAGUUCUUUUCGAGUUUUUCGAGUGGUAUAGAAGGCUAAGAAUUGUACGCUCGCGGCGAGGUACCUUUCCGGAAGAUUUGUUGGUGUUUGUUGGAGUUGAAACAUCACAGGGUGCUCAGCCUCACCCGCGCAGCAGCUAUUUUUGCCCUGCCCCCACCACAAAUAUACACGAACUCGGGCCGAGCCCUUGCCUAAGGCUUACCAGAGAACCCAAUUCACCAUGCGAACGAUCCUGCACAGCUUUUCUGUACCUUGAUAGACCCUGGUUUCGUUUACAUGAACAUGUUGGUGGUGCAGCGUACAAGGGUAUUCCGCGCCGCGCGAUCCUUCGCAAACGGUAUAUCUGUCAAAGUUCCCUUCAACUGAAGGCCUAUGACCUCAGUCCCCUGCGUGUGCACCUUUCUGUCGCCAUUCAAAGCCCACCAAUUUAGUUUCAGAACUUUCAAAUCGAUCUAGCUCUAUCAUGUCUCUUCCGCGACCCAUGUCUAUCGUGUCUCCAGUUCAAGCCAAGUCUUCACCUCGUCCACAAUAUCUUCCAUUUCCCUCCACAUACCGCAAUCGCUCCGGACCUGGGAGCUCGAGCGAAGAACGGCGGGCCUACAGUCCUCCCGUGGCCAACAUCAAUACUAUGAC